AUGGAGGAAUCAAAAAUGGUUCGAAUUUGUAUGGUCAGCCUCUUCCUUCUGGCUAUGCAGGUUCAUUGGUCAUAUACUCAUGGUUCUAGUGACACAGUUAGAAAGGCAUACAUUGUGUAUAUGGGAGAGGCACCUCAGUCAAAAUCCUCUGCUAUUGAUCUUCAUCACAACUUGCUUUCUUUAGUUGUUAGAGAUGACCGUAUUGCCAAACAGUCUAGAAUAUAUAGCUACACAAAGAGUUUUAAUGCAUUUGCAGCGAACCUAUUACCAGAUGAAGCUGAAAGACUACGAGAGAACGAAAAGGUGGUGUCGGUGUUUCCUAGUAGAAUUCGAAAACUUCAUACAACAAGAUCAUGGGAUUUCUUAGGAAUGCCUCCCUCAGUGAAGAGAAAUCAUCAAAUUGAAAGUAAUAUCAUUGUUGGUGUAUUAGAUACAGGAAUUUAUAUUGAUGCUCCAAGUUUUGACGACAAAGGACUAGGACCUCCUCCAUCAAAAUGGAAGGGUAGAUGCCAAAUGGCAGGCAAUGUCACUGGGUGCAACAACAAGGUAAUAGGUGCAACAUUCUACAUCAACGACCCCAUCAGCGCUAGAUCAAAUCCAAAUCCAUCCCCAAUAGAUGAUGAAGGCCACGGCAGUCACACUGCAUCCACCAUAGCAGGUGCCUCAAUAGGAGGUGCAAGCUUUUACGGUUUAGCCAAAGGCACAGCUCGAGGUGGAGUUCCAUCAGCACGCAUUGCAAUGUACAAGGUGUGUUGGAACAGAAGUUGCAGUGACAUAGACUUUUUGGCUGGAUUGGACGAUGCCAUUGAUGACGGAAUUGAUGUGUUAUCAAUAUCUAUCGGAGGAGGCGCAAGUAGCUUUUUUGAGGAUUCCAUUUCAAUCGGUGCUUUUCAUGCAAUGAAGAGGGGGAUUUUCAUAACAUGUUCAGCGGGCAAUGACGGCCCAAGUUUGUCUACUGUGGUGAACACAAGUCCUUGGAUAAUGACUGUUGGUGCUUCUUCCAUUGAUAGGCAGUUUAGGACUACAGUUCAAGUUGGAAAUGGCUUACAAACUGAUGGACUUUACAUCAACACAUUUUCACCAAAAAGGAAGAUGUACCCUCUAACCACCGCGGGAUUAGCAGCCAGUAGUACCAUAUCUCCAAAUUUAUCUCCCUGGGAAUGUAUUUAUGGAACUCUGGACGCGAAUAAGGUCAAAGGAAAGAUCGUGCUAUGCAAUGAAUCAUCAGAUGAAGCUUACAUUAAGAGUAUAGGUGGAGCCGGGGACCUCGUAUCUCUCGUAAAGACAAAAGAUUACAGCUUUGUGACACUCAUCCCUGGUGCCUAUGUUGAUUCUAGUUUUGCUAACAAAAUUAUUACAUAUGUCAACUCAACCAAAAACCCUCAGGCUGUCAUAUACAAGUCCAAAACAGUACCCAAUGCUGCUGCACCCUUUGUGGCUUCCUUUUCAUCCCGAGGUCCGCCCAAGAUCUCUCGCACAAUACUUAAGCCGGAUAUUGUGGCACCUGGAAUAGAUAUUCUAGCUGCUAACUCUAAACUUAACUCAGUAACUGGGUAUCUUGAAGACGACCGGUUUGAUGUGUAUAAUAUACUCUCUGGAACUUCAAUGGCUUGCCCUCAUGUGGCUGCUGUCGCUGCCUAUAUCAAAACAUUCUACCCUAACUGGUCUCCUUCUGCAAUUAAAUCAGCCCUAAUGACAACUGCAUCUGAAUUGAAAAUUAAGGAUGACCAAGCUGAGUUAGCCUAUGGGGCUGGCCAAAUUGACCCUAUUAGAGCAUUGCAACCUGGUUUGAUAUAUGACAUAUCAACGUCCGACUACGUCCGUUUCCUAUGUAAUGAGGGCUACACUGGGACAAUGCUACGCUUGUUCACUGAAGAGAUCACCAAUUGCUCAAGUGUCCCAAACAUUGGAGGACAUGAUGCCCUAAAUUACCCAUCCAUGUAUUUUCAGUUUAAAAACACUAACUCUACUAUAUUAGCCAUCUUUCAUAGGACAGUAACAAAUGUGGGCCCUAGAAAAUCUAUAUACAAGGCAACUGUCAGGGUGCCGAAGAAUCUCAAGGUCACUGUUAUUCCGAAUAAAUUGACUUUUAGUCAAUUGAACCAGAAAAAAUCUUUCAAGGUUGUGAUACAGGGGCCACCGCAAUUGCUACCAAUUAACCAAAUGACAAGUUUAUCAGCAUCAUUGGAAUGGAGUGACGGUACACAUAGAGUUAAGAGUCCCAUAUUCAUUACUCUGACUCCACCAUGA